AUGCCACCAGCGACUAAAGGUCAUCCGAUCCCGCCUCCUAGUGAAUGCAAAACGAGUAAUUCGAUUGUCAGUAGCCCAUCAAACGAUUCAAAUGUUAAACAUAUAUUAGAUGAAAUAUUUCAAUUGAACACUAUUGAUAGUAUACCAAAAUUAUUUAUUGUUUUGCCUGAUUUAGAGUAUACAUACAAUUCUAAAAAUAUUUGGAAUAAUAACUAUCGUGUAUAUUUUGUUUGUGAAUGUAAUGAACAUGUAUUAUAUUUAACUAAUCAUGAAGGAUACGUUUUACUUAAUUCUAAAAUGUUUUUUAUCACUUAUGGAUGGUAUAUUCAAAGAAUGAUCAUAUUGGCUAUUAAAUGUGAAAACUAUUUUACUAGUCCAUUAACAUUUCUAAUGUCUAAAGAAGAAUUUUCAUCACAUUCAAAAAUAAUGCAAUCUACACUGACUAUUAUAAAAAAUCAUAUAAAAUCAUUUCAAUCAUUAGAUGAUAAGGAAUUUAAGCGAUAUUUUCAUUUAUCAAACACUUACAUUGUAUCAUUCGCUAAUUUAUGUCGUAUUGUAACAAAAAAGAUACUAUCCGUCGGAGAAUUUAUUGAUAAUAAAGCGUUAAAUCGUUUUUGUAAAAUAAUCGAUGAUGGAUUUCAUUUUUAUAGACUAUUUCUUGAAAGAUGUAUUGUUGGUGAAACAUUCUUAGUUCAAUUUAUUGAUGCAUUACAAAAAUCAAAUAUGAAAUAUUUAGAUUUAGAAAUUAAUAUGACUAAAGAUUGUUUUAAAAUGAUAAUGAAAAUAUUGAAUACUAUAAGAACAAUAAUUUAUAUUAAUCUAAAUUAUUGUGAUAUAUAUCAGAUAGAUGGAUCAAUGAUUAUAAAUUCAUUAAAAGAAAAUCAAUUAUUGCGUGUUCUUGAUAUUAGCAAGAACAAAAUAGGUGAUGCAGGUGCUCUAGCUCUUGCAGAAUUAUUAAAUAUAUUAAAUAGUUUAAUGGAAGUUAAUAUGAAUGGAAAUGAAAUAACAUCAAAAGCUGGAAGUGAAAUUGGAAAAAUAUUAAAAACAAAUAGAACAUUAAUCAAUAUUGAUCUUAGUUAUAAUAAAAUUGAUAAUGAUGGUAUUUUAAUUUUUGCUGAUUUAUUAAAAAUAACUACAAUAUUGAAAAUUUUUAAUUUAAGUCAUAAUUGUUUUACAGAUAAAAGUGCUAUUGCUCUUAUUGAUGCAUUAAAAGAGAAUAAUAGUAUAAUUUAUCUUGAUAUAAACAUCAAUGAUAUAACCGAUGAUGUGGUCUUGGUGGAAAAUAUCGAAAGGAAAAAUGUCGAAAAGGAAAAUGUCGAUAAAAAAAGAGCAAAACGUCGAAGAGGAAAAUGUAGAAGAGCAAAAUGUCGGAGCAAAAUGCCGAACUUCGGCAUUUUGCUCUUCUACAUUUUCCAUUCCAUUUUGGCGCUAGAAACAGAACAGAUUUUGCUUCUUUUCUAUUGUUCUAACCGCCUGUUCUUCGUCGAUACUAGCUUCUCUACUGUGAAUUUGCAGACAAACAGAAAUCUUGAAAUGUAUCUUGAGAAGAAAUUGAGAAACAAAAAAAUUGCGCUAAAAAUUUAUUUCUAAAAAAAUAAGAUAACUUUGAAGUCGGAGAGUCAGCUAAGAAACGUAUAAUUUAAAAGUAUCUUUUUGUUAAGAUAUUUUGGUUAUUUUUGUGACAAACUGUAAAAGUAAACGUACUUCAUAAAACAAAUCUUUGCUUUUGCCUCAAUCUUGAUUUGAGACAGAAUUUUGAUUAUUAGUUAAAAAUGAAGGCAACAAAUGACUAACUUUGAAAAGGUUAGCCGUUUAUGACAGAAGUUUUAUUGUAUUUGUGGAUAGAUUCGUCGUCUUCUAGAUCGAUAUACUUUUAUACUAAGUACAGUGAUCCAUUGAGAAAUGUCCACUAAACCACCAUAAGGUCCAAAAAUAUUCUUUUUCUAUUUUUUCUGAUAAUAAUUUUCAGUCACAUUCGCCUGUUAUUAAAGUCUGUCUCAAAAAAGAGCGAGCGGCUACCCAAUAGUUAAGUAGACUUCACAAGCUACUCUGUUAACAAAGAGCAGCUUGAUUUGCUUUUGCUUUUUUCUAUCAAUCGGACAUCAUGAACAUCCCAUAUUAUCUGUAUGCCGAUUUUGUGUACACAUGAAUAUUUUUUAGGCAUGAGUUUGUAAAACAAAAAUGUAGAGCAGCAUUUUUGCGUAAUGUAAAACGGGAGUUGAUGAUAGUCAAUCCUUUAAUUUAUUUUACUCCUAUUACACUAUGAAAUAGAGCAGAUUGAUUCAUGUACUUUUAUUUAUCGUUGGAUUUUUCGAUAGAAUAACGAAUGCAUAGACAUUCAAUUCUUCUAAGACGCUGAAAUCAAUAUUGUUAUUAAUUACUCCGUAGGAUAUGAAUUGGAUUAAACAGUUUUCGGCAGAUGUAGACGCCUCUGCUCUUCUUGUGUUUCGCCGUUUUGUUAUAUCCUUUCGUGUUCAACAGUAUGUUUUGAUUUGUAUCCUUGAUUGAAAACCGUUUUUUUUCCUAUUUUUCCGUUUCUCCUCAUAAUCUACAGGGAAGAACAUUAAAUUAGCUUUCCAACAACAGAAAGAAACAAGUUUCAUGUAACUUGCAUUUCUAUACUUCGCUAGUUUUACAUUUGAGAGCAGAGAGGCUCAUCUUGUGCAGCCACUGGGAUACUU